AUGUUCCGGCAACACAGAGACGGUCAGGGUGCUCCUGAGUACCUGAAUCCCUCGAUAGAUGCAACCGCCAAUGCCGACUUGGAGUCUGGUAGCUUCCUGACAGAAAGCCAGAGAAACAAUGCAAUCGAAAAACCGGACCAUGCCAGCACCAACAAGAAUGACGGAGACAACCCAUACCUCGAUGAGUACACAGCCUUGGUCCGCUAUGUCGACACUUAUCGGGAUCCACACGCGAACGAUGGACCCGGUGAGGAGGACUUCACCAUGGACAGCAAGCCAAGACCAUGGUGGGCGUUCUGGAGAGGCGGCAAAGCUGGAUACAGCGCAGCUUCGCUGAGCAGCUUUGAGACGCCGAGUGAUUGGUUGACCACCGACAUUCGAGAAGGUCUCAACGACAUGGAGGUUGAGCGGAGACGCAAAUACACUGGCUGGAACGAGCUUUCAGCUGAGAAGGAGAACAUGCUGCUCAAGUUCAUUGGCUUUUUCCGUGGCCCUGUCCUAUAUGUCAUGGAAGUGGCCGUCAUCCUGGCCCUAGGUCUCCAGGACUGGCUUGACGCCGGUAUUAUCAUUGGUAUUCUGCUGCUCAACGCCAUUGUCGGUUGGUACCAGGAGAAGCAAGCUGCCGAUGUCGUGGCCAGCCUUAAGGGCGACAUUGCCAUGAAGGCACGUGUCGUCAGAAAUGGUACAGAAAUGGAGGUUCUCGCCAGGGAGCUUGUUCCCGGUGAUAUUCUUAUCAUUGAGGAAGGCCAUGUCGUUGCUGCUGAUUCCAGACUCAUCUGUGACUAUUCGGCUGGUAUUCAGGGCCAGGCUCAGUACGUUUCUGAGCUCAGCGCUCAAGAUAUCACUUCUCCCCGCCGCGAGGAAUUCGAGGAGGGAGAUGACGAAGGCACACCUCACAUUGGCCAUGCUAUUGUUGCCAUUGACCAGUCUGCCAUGACCGGUGAAUCGCUCGCUGUCGACAAGUACAUGACUGACACUGUGUAUUACACUACUGGUUGCAAGCGCGGCAAGGCUUACUGCGUCGUCACUUCUGGUGCUCAGGCUUCAUUUGUCGGCAAGACUGCAUCUCUUGUUCAGGGUGCCAAGGAUAGUGGUCACUUCAAGGCAAUCAUGAACUCGAUUGGUACGACACUCUUGGUUCUCGUCGUUCUUUGGAUUCUUAUCGCCUGGAUUGGUGGCUUCUACCGCAACCUGCGCAUUGCUCUUCCCCAAGAGAGCUCCCGCACGCUGCUUCACUACGCGCUAAUCCUCCUCAUCAUUGGUGUCCCUGUUGGUUUGCCCGUUGUGACGACCACGACACUGGCCGUUGGAGCCGCAUAUCUCGCCAAGGAAAAGGCUAUUGUCCAGAAGCUUACUGCCAUUGAGUCGCUCGCCGGUGUCGACAUUCUCUGCUCCGACAAGACCGGUACCCUCACGGCUAACCAACUGUCCGUCAGAGAGCCCUUUGUCAUGGAAGGUGUUGAUAUCAACUGGAUGAUGGCAGUCGCCGCCUUGGCUUCUUCUCACAACAUUAAGCACCUCGACCCCAUUGACAAGAUCACUGUCUUGACUCUCAAGCGCUACCCCAAGGCCAAGGAGCUCAUCAGCGAGGGAUGGAAGACUGAAAAGUUUACUCCCUUCGACCCAGUAUCGAAGCGUAUCACUGCCGUUUGCACGCACAAGGGAGUCCGGUACACUUGCGCCAAGGGUGCACCCAAGGCCGUCCUGGCUCUCACCGACUGCAGUCCCGAACAGGCUGCUCUGUUCCGUGAGAAGGCUGCCGAGCUCGCCCGCCGUGGUUUCCGUUCUCUUGCCGUCGCUGUCCAGGAAGAAGAUGGCCCCUGGGAAAUGCUCGGCAUGAUCUCUCUCUUUGACCCUCCCCGUUCUGACACUGCACAGACCAUUGCUGAGGCUCAGGCUCUGGGUCUUCAAGUCAAGAUGCUGACUGGUGAUGCCAUUGCAAUUGCCAAGGAAACUUGCCGCAUGUUGGCUCUCGGUACCAAGGUUUACAACUCUGACAAGCUGCUUCACUCUGACAUGGUUGGAACAUCCAUUCACGAUCUUUGUGAGAGGGCCGAUGGAUUUGCUGAAGUCUUCCCUGAGCACAAGUACCAGGUCGUUGAGAUGCUCCAGCAGCGUGGCCACUUGACUGCCAUGACCGGAGACGGUGUCAACGACGCACCUUCGCUGAAGAAGUCUGACUGUGGUAUCGCCGUCGAGGGAGCUACUGAAGCCGCUCAAGCCGCCGCUGAUAUCGUCUUCCUCGCCCCUGGUCUGAGCACCAUUGUCUCUGCCAUCAAGAUCUCGCGUCAGAUCUUCCAGCGCAUGAAGGCUUACAUCCAAUACCGUAUCGCUCUGUGUCUUCACCUUGAGAUCUACCUCGUCACCUCCAUGGUCAUUAUCAACGAGACCAUCCGCGCCGAUCUCAUCGUCUUUAUUGCCCUGUUUGCCGAUUUGGCUACUAUUGCUGUCGCCUACGAUAACGCUCACUACGAGAAACGACCCGUCGAGUGGCAACUGCCCAAGAUCUGGAUCAUUUCUGUCGUCCUCGGUGUCCUGCUCGCCUUGGGCACCUGGAUUCUCCGCGGUACUCUCUGGCUUCCUGAUGGUGGUAUCAUCCAGAACUACGGUGGCAUCCAGGAGAUUCUCUUCCUGCAGGUCUCACUCACAGAGAACUGGCUCAUCUUUGUCACGCGCGGCUUUGAGACCACUCCCGCCUGGCAGCUCGUUGCCGCCAUCUUUGGUGUCGACAUUCUGGCUUCGCUCUUUGCCGGCUUUGGCUGGUUCAGCGGCGGCGGCGAGAGCCUCGAGACGGCCGCAUCCGUCUCGGCCAAGCUGUCGGACAAUGGCGCCACCGACAUUGUCACCAUUGUCGUCAUCUGGAUCUACUCCAUUGCCGUCGUCAUUGUCAUUGGUAUCAUCUACUACAUGCUCAGCGGCUGGUCCACCCUCGACAACCUCGGCCGCAAGAAGCGCAGCGCCCAGGACACCAUGAUGGAGAACAUCCUGACCCACCUGUCCAAGGUUGCCCUCGAGCACGAAAAGGAUGAGAAGGGCAGCGAGAGAUACUACAUUGCCCAGAAGCAGGUCGUUGAGGAGGAGGAAUAA